AUGGAAGAUGAAAAGGGCAUUCUAGGUGCCAAUGGUUAUUCACAUAGAGGGGUUGUGCCCAAUAAUUUAGGGGUUGAUAAGUGCCAUAUACCAUUCACAGACAAAAAUCUGACCAAAUACGUUACUUUAAGUGGCAAAGUCGAUCAAACUUUGGACAAUUUGAGCCACGAUGAACAUUGUCUUGUACCUGCUGGGACUUUGAGGACAAUCUGGCUUGUUUUGAAAGUUUUAACAGACUAA